GCGGCGUGGACACGGGCGUUCACGUCCAACAAGAUACUAAGCUGUUUUCGAGCUACUAGCGUCCACCCGCAGGAUGGUAAUGCCGUGCUUAAACAUCUCAAAAAGUCAACACCACAACAAGAUAUUAAUCCAGAACUUAGAGAGCAUGGUAAUGGGGAUACUACAAGAGAGCUGUCUAAUUUUCUAGACAAAACUAUGACGGGUUGUGCUAAAGUUAUGGUCUCUGCGGUAAAAGACACCAUUGCUUCACUCCAGGUCAACAACGAGAUUUUGCACCACGAAAACACCAAUCUACGAGAAGUACUUGCUAUCAAAAAUCAUCCAAAGAAGCAAAAGAAGCCUCUAGAGCUCCAGCAAAGCAAGCAGUAUCAUACUCCGGCGGUGGUGUGGAGUCCUAGGACAAUAGAAGAUGCGAGAGCUCAAGAACUCGCAACUUUAAAAAAAGCUCGCGAUAAGCAAAAUAUACCUAAACGAAAAGCUUCAUCGUCUCAAAAGUCAAAAAAGUCAAAGGGUGGUGGCGAUGCAGGCAGCCAAAGUGGUGGUGCGUCUGCAUCGUCGGCUGCGCAGCCCACCACCAAAACAACGAUGCGCGGCCGCAACAUUAAACUGCCAAAGAAAUUUGAGUAGAUAGGAUUGUUUUUUGAACUAUUUAGACUACUC